ACCAACCCCAUCUAUUUAAACGUAGCCAGUGCCACAACAUUUUUAGCAAUUUCAAACCAGUCUCCUUCUCUGAAGUGAAGUAUCAGAGCAGCAAAAACAGAGAGCUCCAAAUGCAGGGGAAUUCAGUGCUGUCGCCCUCUCCAUCCUUCAACAGCUACUCUUCAGUCGUUGAGGAACUUCGCCAUGAGCACGACUCAGAUGCUAAUCAUAUCUUUGCCUGCGCUCCAGAAAAUCCGCCUCUCCAAUUCCAAGAAACCUCAUACACCGGACCUCUGCAGCAGCAAAAACAACAACAAGAAGGCAGAGACAAUAACGAUGGCGAGGAUGAUUUUGAGUUCCCUUUUGUUUGCAGAGAACCGCACUCGUCCCCAAUCUCCGCCGACGAGAUCUUCUGCAAUGGCCGGAUCAGACCCAUUCACCCCAUUUCCAUAUUCGACCAAAGCCUAGUCGCAAACUAUUCCCUUACAAAGAGAACCGAUUCUUCAAAAAAGUCUAGGCUUCGUCGUCCUCCUCUGAGAAAGCUUAUGACCGAGGAAAGAGAACGGGAAGCAGCACGCGAGCCAGCGUCUUGCUCUUCCUCAGAAGCUGACGAGCUGGAUGUGGUACCAACCGGAACCUACUGCGUGUGGACCCCAAAAAAAGGGCAAGCUAAAGCCGAGGCAGCGCCUUCUUCGCACGGUGACUGCAAGAAGAGCAAUUCGACUGUCUCUUCCAAGAGAUGGAAGCUCCGGGACUUUCUUCAUCGGAGUAACAGCGACGGGAAUGAGACGUUCGUCGUAUUGACGCCUAGCAAGAAGACGAUCACUGAUGCUUCGCCGGCGUCGGAGAAUGAGAACAAGGGGAAGGUGCGGGAUGCCGAUUAUGAGAGGAACAGGGCGGUGAAGGAAGCUGGGGAUAAGAGAAAAUCGUCAUUCUUGGUUGGGUUCUUCGCUCAUGUCGAUGGUCUGAGUUGGAGGUUGCAUGAGUUCGCAGCCACUGAGAGAUGAAAGGAAUCAUCCGGGGUCGGAAAACAGAAAAAAUUAAUACUAAAAUUGAGAUAAUUGGUUUUUGUGAAUCCUAAAGAAAAUAUUAUUAGGAUUUUUUUUUUCUUUUUUCAUUUUAUUACUGAUUCUUGUUUGUGCUUUUACAUGUUUUAUUAAAAUACUAAUGUUGAGUUUGAGUUUAUAUUCUUUGAUC